AUCCCUAUCAAAAUCUUCAUCACAUUUCUGAUUUCUCUUCAUCAACAUAAUGGAAUGGUUUUCCCUCCUUGUUUCCUUUGUAACACUUUCCCUCUUCUUACACUGCACACAUGCAAUUCCUCAGGUUCCUUGCUACUUCAUUUUCGGAGACUCAUUGUCCGAUGAUGGCAACAAUAACGGUCUUUCAACACUUGCAAAAGUAAACUAUCCUCCAUAUGGAGUCGACUAUCAACAAGGGCCAACAGGAAGGUUCAACAAUCGCAAAAACAUUCAAGACGUUAUUGCCGAAGAACUGGGUUUUUCAAGUCCAAUUCCUCCCUUCGCAAGCGCAGGCAAUAACAUACUUAAUGGAGUUAAUUAUGCUUCUGGUGCGGCAGGAAUCCUUCCUGAAACAGGAGGAGUUGUGACUUUGUACAAUGAUGGAGCAAGGAAAUUUGCCUUAUUUGCAAUCGGUCAAAUUGGAUGCACUCCAUAUGCGGUAGCAACUUUCGGUACCAAAGGCUCUCCCUGCGUAAAUGCACAAAACCAAGCUGUUGGACUUUUCAAUGAGGUGCUUCUGUCUCUUGUCAAGGAACUCAAUACCAAAAUGCCUGAUGCUAAGUUCACCUAUAUAAGUCCUUAUGGUUUCCAAUCUACCGGUUUUGUUAUAAAUGCUAGUUGUUGUAAACUAGAUAAAGGGGGACAGCUUUGCCUUCCAAACUCAGUUCCAUGUUCUAAUAGAAGCCAAUAUGCAUACUGGGAUGGUGUGCAUCCCACUGAGGCUAUCAACAUCCUGGCUGGCAAUGUUGCUUAUGGAACAAAGUCUACUUCCGAUGCCUAUCCAUUUAACCUUCAAAGUCUGGCACUUGAAUGAUGGAAUUGGAGACAUAAGAAGCUUACUUGAAUAAUUUCCAUCUUCCUUAAAUUUUGUUAGAGAGUAUAAGAAGUAUUUAGACCCACUGUACUUUAUUACUACUCUAAAAAUUUUGAUUCUCCUAAGAUUUAAGUUUGGCACUACUAAUGAAAAAAGGUUGGACAA